AUGAAUUCUUCCCAUCUCUGCCUCUAUUUGGUUCUGGCCAUUUGUAUCUGUCCGUCAUACACGGAUAACUUAUAUCUCAUCCCAACAAGCUUUCAAGGUGGACCUUUGAUGUUGCCGACGCAACACAAGCUUCAAUCCCUUGUCUCACAGCUGAACAAUAUUGGUCGUGUUCCACAUAACGAGCAGGCGACACAAGUACGAAAACAGUUAUUCAGUCGGAAGUUCUGGAGAAGAUAG